AACGACGAGGAGGACGACGAGUGGAGGAGCAGCAGCUGUGAGUACAAAUUAGUUGUUACACAAAACGUCAAGUUUUCGCACUGCGACGUCCCCCCGCCAAGAAGAAGAAGGAGAAAGUGGUGGCCAAGUUUUUAAUAAUCUUGCAUCCAAUCGACCAAAAAAAGUGUUGUUGUUAUUUAACAAGAGUUGUAUCCAAAUGUGUUUACAUGGCGAAACGAACUCUUUUACCACUAUCACGGAUUUCGGCCAUCGCUGACACCACGACCAUACUUUUUAGGUUGGUGUGGAUACUCCUUCUCCUCGAUGUGACGGCUGCCAAAUCAAUAGACGACGGAGGUAUCACCGUACCGGAAGCACUCCCCCUUACCUCCAGAAAUGUCUUAGCUAUAAAAAAUCAUCCACUCACACUCCACUGUCCUAUCAUCAUCUCGAGAGACGUUCGCGUCCUCGAUUUAUGGUGGGCAAAGGAUGGAUCCAAACUUGACUUGAAUCCUCAAAAUCCUACAACCACUGCUGAUGUACAAAUGCCACCGUCCAGAAUCCAGAUCACAGAGGAUGGGGAUCUCCAUUUUGAGAAAAUUAUUCAUAAAAUCGGCAUCUCCAGAAGUGUUUUAGAUUCCAGUGUGUAUCCCCGACAUGGUAAAAACUACACGGACGAGGGUGAAUAUCGGUGCGUUGUCAAGUCUGCGAUUGGCGUCGUCUUCAGUCCCGUUAUCACCGUUUCUGUCGCAGUUCUCGAAGUGCAAGAUGGGAAUAAGGAAGAAGUCAAGGUGAAAGCUGGGCAGCCUGCUUUACUCCAGUGCCAAAUUGCAUCCACGCCUCCACUAACAUCAUCUCAUGUUACAUGGGUCUCGCUUAUGCCACAUGGGCGCACCAACAAUAUAUCUCGACUAGCUCAGGAAACAAAUAGAUUUAGUAUACUAACUCACUCAGGAACACUUGUAAUUUUCUCAGUGCAAAGUGGAGAUGCCGGAAACUAUAGAUGUUUUGCACGGCAUGAUGUAUUGAAUACAAAUAAAUCAGCAGACGUGAAACUGAUUGUUGAAACGGCGAACGAAUUGGUUUCAAGUGAACCACCAAAGUUCUUGUUUGCCAAUGAUUACGAAACUCAGAAAACUAUUAUACUUGACGAAGAGGAUGAAGAACAAACUUUGGAUUGCAUUGCAUCUGGCAUACCUGUGCCAACAAUUACCUGGGUUUUGACCUAUGAAGUUGCCAAUGAGAGUGAAAGUGAUGUCCAGCCAUUCAGUAAAAUCUUAUCGGAGGGCAAGGAAUACCACGAUAGCAUCACUUUGACAUCUGAAAAUUCCAUUCAAGGGAAUUAUACGUGCGUUAUUACCAAUUCCAUUGGUAGUCCAAUCUCCAAGACCAUACAAGUAGUCCGGCUCCCAGCCCUCAUAAAGGGACCCAAUUCGUACAAAUACCCUCCUGCAAAAACCGUUCGUUUUGAAUGUAAAGUUCCUCCAACAUAUACAUUGAUAUGGUACAAAGAUGGUCAACGUCUAGAGACGGGGAAAGGUCGUGUUAAGGCGAAAGGGAACGAGAUUGUCAUUUCGAACACGAUAAGAAAUGAUUCUGGAUUCUACCAGUGCGAAGUAGUUUCAGAGGACCACAUUUAUGCCAUUGGGACCGCUCGUCUCUCUGUUGAAAAUAAUCGCGAAGCGCCCGACGCACCGUUUGAUCUGCAAUGCAUUCAAAGUCAAGCGAAAGCUCUUGUUAUAUCAUGGAAAGUCGCUUCGAGGGACAACAUUACGGCAUUCACGAUUCACUAUAUGGCAAUUGGAGGGGAAGAGAGGCAGAAAGUAACUCCAAGUAAAAGCAACGAUUUUAUAAUAGAAAACCUUAAAGCUUACACAAACUACAGCAUUUAUGUCAGGAGUUAUUCUGUCAAAUCUGCCAGUGCGCAGUCUCAGAAAGUGAUUUGUAGCACUCUUGAGGAUACACCUAUCAAAGCUCCACGAAAUUUUAUUUUCGAAAGAUAUGGCCCUGCGUCUCAAGUCAGGAUACGCUGGAGGCCACUUUCAGACUCCGAAGCAAGGGGUAAAAUCACCCUCUACAAAUUGCAAUGGAGGUCAGUCAACGGGGAGUUUACUAAUGUUCGAUAUAUCGAUGGAGAUUCAGACGAGUUUCUCAUAACAGAAUUGACGCCAGGCGAACCCAUCGAACUUCGAUUGUUACCAAGUACGUCUGCUGGUUGGCCAAGUGACAAGGAAAAUUCUCCUUGGACUCGUGUUAACACUACAAAAUUGGAGGCCAAUGUCACCGAUGAUUAUUAUGCACCUCCAACGAUGGACCUCACGGUUCUAAAUUCUUCGUCUAUCCUUGUAAACUGGAGUGAACCACCUCGUCACAAGGAUCUUUCUUUGAAGGGCUAUCGACUAACUUACUCUACCGAAGUCGGAAAAAUUGAAGAUUUCGUCUUCUUUGGACCAAUCCAUACCUAUAAUUACUCCGAUCGAUCGUACCUAUUCACGAAUUUUGCUCCUUCAACUUCGUACGAAGUCCAUCUUCAAACCUUCGGUGAUAGCUGGGAAAGCGAAGUAGUUUCCAAAUUCAUCCGAACGUUUUCUACUACUUCCAAUGAGGAUUCCAUGUCUUCAUCGAAAGUUCUUCCAACGAUCUCAGGAUUGCAGGUUAUCCCUACAAGUUCUUCUGAAGUGAGACUAACUUGGGAACCUCCAAAAAACUCUCAGUUACAUUAUUAUUACUACACCGUGAGGUACAACAAGUUGGAUCAUAACGAUUAUCAAUAUAUCAGCAGCACAAGUGAGUCUAUUGAGAUUAAAGACCUGAAGCCAUACACAUCGUAUGAAUUUUCUGUACAAUUGAUGGGAGACGAUGAAGGGGGACCAUAUUCGCAAAAAAUCGAAUCUCGGACAUUGCCCGGCAUUCCUGGAUCCCCUAUUCAACUGCACUGGAGAGUUUUGAACCAAACUCUCGUUGAAGUUGAGUGGCAGCCACCACCUGCUACCAACGGUGUAAUUUUGAAAUAUUGGGUGCAGUACAGGCACAAGAAUGCAUCGUUGCUUCCUCAGGGAGUUAAUAAUGGUGGUGUAAACGAUACCUCAUGGAAAAAUAAGUUGACAAAGAACACGUCAGUGUUUUUGGAAGAUUUACUUAAAAACGAAGAGUACAUGGUUCGUAUUAUUGCUGAAACGAAAGCUGGAGUUGGAAAUCCGUCAGAAACAAUAUAUGUACGAAUAUUUAUUCGAAAACCUACCUCACCCGAGGCUCUCCCUCCUGGAGACAGCCCUCCUGCAACAAAUACUUUACAAACUGUAGAGACCAGUAGUCAGCAUCUGGGAAUUGUUAUUGGUAUCGGUUUAUCCGUACUGUUCAUCAUUGUAUGCGUAAUCAUCAUCUUGAGUCGUCACCGUUUAUUCCCCAUGUUAACUCGUCAACCUGUUGGAAUGCAUGUCAAUGGUAAUGGAUUUCCCCCUCGAGCUAAACGUUCCGUCGAGUCUUUUAAUGGCGUUGAAAUGAAAGUGCUUGAAAGCCUUACUGCAAACGACCAACAAUUGGACACGAAAGGAGGACACUCCCAUCAAAAUGGCAUAAUACCUGCCCCCACAGAUCCAUUACUCAUGCGUAUAGUUCGAAACCCUAUCGAUGAUCCUCAUGGCCGCGAAGACGAAGAAACAGUUCCAAACUGCAUUCAUUGAUUGAGAGCCAGCUCAAACCAAACAAUUCAAAGUACAAGUCAACUGAAGAUUCUAUAGGAUAUUGACAUCAUUGCAAGAAUACAAAAUGCAAUUGAAAUACAAAUUUUUAAGUCUCGAAUAUUUAUAGUUAUUCUAAGCUAUUAAGGCUUUUUAUUAAACACGGGUAAUUAAGCUUAAUGUUUUUUUAUUUGCGGUAAGAAUUAAUUAAGAUUAAUAAGUUUCGUUUUAAUCAAGUGAAAGGGAUUUUGUUAAUUAAUGGAUACGAGGAAAACUACAAUAGAUCUUUAUAAGUACGUGUAAAAGUGCAUCCAUUGUUGAUGACUUUCUGUAGCUUGAGUUACUGUUUAGUGUUAACCUAAUCCGGUUACAAACAAAGUACAAAUUUUAUAGAUUAAGAAGAAAUAUUUAGAAUUUGUCCUUGUAAUAAUAAUUAUUAAUCUUGCACUUUAUAUUCGUGCUCUCCAAAAGAAUUGUUUUAUACUGUCUAUCAAUUUAGUGUGUAAUUAUGGUACGGAAUUGCUGCUGUACGCUCUAAUCUUACAGAGUAAUAACAGUUCGAUCAGACGUGUAUUAUCUAUCCGAGGGAAAUAUAAUACCAUAUUUGACUCGAACGUUCUCUUGAAUAUGACGCUUCUAAAAUUAUUGUUAUAAUAUACAUACCCUAAGAUACAAAUUAAUUUAUUAGCAUAUAGUAAUCUGUGGGUAUUGCUAAGUCAGCUAUACACGACGACAAGAAUUUAUUAACGGUGUUACUGGUUUUAUAUAGCCAUAUAGAUGACUAUAAAUUCAGGCUAAAUCUUCUGCUUUGACUAGGUUAAAAUUUUUGCGACUGUUUUUUUUUUCUUCGUAAAGUUCAACGCAUGUUUAUGUAAUGCCAUGUAUUUGCAUGUAAAAAUAUGUGUUGACGAUCCCUUCUAAAAUUGAAACCUUGUAAAAAUCUUAUUCUUAUAAAGUUAUCCAAAAGUCAGACUAAAAUAUGCUUGCAUUAUUAAUUGUGCCCAAAAAAUAUGUAGCCCAAAAGACUUGUUUCGAAACUCAAGGUCCCGAUAAUUAUUUAUAUUUUUCAAUCAAUCGCACGUUAUGCCUAAAAGUAACCUAAAAAUGCGUAUAUGGUUCUAGUUGCGGAUUCGUUUCAUAUGAGGUCAAUUAUCGAUUUACUUGGAAAUUUAAAAAUCAUUUUUUCCUAAUUUGAACAAGCAAGUAUAAGUCACUGCAUAAUUAAUACGGAACAAUUAUAUACGUACUAAAAUGGGGCUAUAAAAAAUGUAAUAUUAUUAACAAACUCGCUUGAAACAACUCCAAGGAUUUUCAUCAUGAUAAAAAUUGAAAACACAUUUUUUUCUUCCUACCAAAUGUGCUCUUUAAAUUUGACCGUUGACUUUACAUAAAAAUCUUGUUCCACUCUGAACACACCCGUACGUACAUAAAAGUAGCAGUACAUAUAACUAACCAGUGACUGUAAAAGUAGUAGAAUUGCAUAUGAAAGAAGUAUAGGAUUAACUGUCGCAAGAUGAAUCAAGUACCUGAUUUUUCCAUUUGAUUUGAUGAAUGAUUUGUUGUGGAACAAAUGGCGAAAUAUAACCUAUUACUGUCAAACGCUAAGAUAAUAUAUAUACAUCUAACAUAUAUAUUUAGUAGUUGUUGCUGCAGUUGUAAAAAAUCGCUUAAUGAAACAAAUUAGUUAUAAGACAAAAGAAUGAUCUAUUUUAUCAACCGAGUUGUACACUUAAGCCAAGAAGCAAACGGAGAGUUACAUAAUUGUCUAUUUAUUGUACUUGUAGAAAUAGUUUUCAUCAUCAUUGAAAUUUCUAGUUCUCGCACUCACUAUAUAUUCUUGACACUACUAAAAAAAACUCUGUAUCUGUUACAAGAAAAAAUAUUAACGUUAUCAGAGGGAAUCAAAAAUUCACUUAUACAUACGUAUGAAAAAACAAUCGCAAUCAAAAAAACUGUCUACCUUGUAAUCUUUAAAAUUUCAUACUUGUUCAUAUUUUUCAAAAAAUCCAAUCAUUAUUUUCUCCUCUAUUGGUUAUCGCUUACUAAUUUUUUUUUCAUGGACAAGUGAACCUGGCUGUAUUAGCUUGUACAAUCUCUUUGAGGAUGGAAAUCAAUGUUAAAAUUCCGUCAACUUGGUGAAUGAAAAAAAAAUUGUACAACUACAUAUUUAUAUUUAUAAUUGUUUCCUGCAACACGGAGGCUCAUUGAAAGUUACAAAUCGUUUCUUUAUUGAAAUGCAAAUUAAAACAUACAUAGAAUAAUAUUAAAAAUAAUACGUAGUAAAUUGAGUAGUGUGUUACACGUAGGAAAUUUAUAUUUUUGUCUGUCGUUUCACGUUCCGUCUCUGUCCUGUUGGUUAUAUAAGUAAAUAUAUAUGAAAGAGCAAGGUCAAGCAAAACAUUUGUGAACAAGGAAAGAAAAUUGGAAAAUAUAUCGAAGCAAACAUUACUAAUAGAUCAGAGAAAUACAAAAAUUAGAUCAGAAAAAAACGAUAUAACGUACAUAAAAACGUGCAUACCAAAUUCACAUAAGUUGCUUAUACCGUAUUUGAAUGUGUGCCUUUUUAAGUUGUACAAAUAACUUGCGACAUUAUAAACAAAAAAUUAUACCUUCAACAUUUUUAACUGGCAACUUUUUCACUAAUUAAAUGAUGAUGAUGAUGAUGAUAUAAUGAUGGGAAGAAAUAGGCCGAGAAAGAAAGGUAUGUAGCAAGAGAAAGUUGUAGCUUCAGUCAUUAAAUUACAAAUUCAAGGUACAAUUUAUAAUAAUUAGAUUUUGGAAAUAAGAUUUGAUCAAUGUCAUGUGCAGCGUAUUACCUUUAAAAAAAAACAAAUCAUCUUAUCUACUACACUUGGAUUUUUAUAAUAUUAAUCAAGUUUUAAAUUUUUAACUACUUGUUGAAUUACUCAUUAGUUGAUAAGAAAAGGUGAAAUAAAGGGGAGGAGGUUAGUACCAUUAUACAUUACACCAUCAGGUUCUCCAUUCUAGAUCAAGUUAUUAUAUAAAUAAUAUCGUGUAUGUACAUCAUAUGAAAUCUAAUAUCUUAUUUGUAUAAGGAAUGCCGUUAGUUUUUGAGUAGUAAAAGUAAAAAGAAAGCACGGACCUUCAACAGUUAAAUUACAAAGUGGAAGGAAACAAACGAAGAUUUUACUCAAAGUACAAACAAAGCUUUUACAAAAAUAAUACUAUUAUUAAAAGUGCUACGUUAAAUUAAAUUUAGGAAAAGAAGGUUUAGAUUAUUAAUGGUAAUUUUACAAAUAUGAAGCUAAAUAUGUAUGUAGUUGGUAAUUCUCAAGGUUUCGUUGUUGAAUGAGACAACUAGGGUAUUUUAUUAUCUGCUGUUUUUCACCGUUUGACUUUUAGUAUUUAAAAAAACAAAUUAGUUGAGGCAUGAUUCGUUUCAUUGUUGGCGUUUUUUUGGUUUUAUUAUGCAUGUGUAUCAAAAAACAAUUGUUUUAAAAAGAGUGGUGUCAUUUGUUGCUCAUUAUUAUUAUCCCGAUUGAAAGUUAUGAAAGUAUCAUCAAAAAAACAUGCAAUUAAUUAUUUGUUAUUGUUGUAUUCACAUAUUUAAUUUAUUGCAUACAUUAUACGGGUAGAAAAAAUAUUCCUAAUUUAUUCUUCUUUUUUUGGUGACAACUUUAAGUCGGAGUUACGGGCAAAUAUUUAGCAUCACGUCAUCCUAUUUUAUCCAAUUUGUGUAAAAUUGGUUCAAUUAAUAAGAUUUUCUGCCGAUUGGAACGGAACACUAUCUCAAUGUUUUAUCAGGGAAUUUUAACUAUUAUAAAUAUUAAAAAUAGUACGAAAGAAUUAUAGCCAUACGUUGACAAAGAAAAAGAAAAAAACUCGAAACUGACUCUGACUUUAUUUCAUUAAUGACAGAAACUUCCCAGGAAUUAUUCAGUAUUUGUAAAAGCGUAACUGAUUUUGAAUUGAAAUAUAAAGCCCAAACAAAAUAAUAA